GCACGUUGAAAAAUAUCAAAUUUCCGCAGUCACGAGCCAUCGCGUCGAGCCUUAGACCGCUCGAAAUACAAUGUUCUGAUAUUGUUCAGUGAUGUUAAACGAUUUUAUAAAAAAGAAAUAAGGAAUCAUGAACAAGAUAGUCGUCGUAAUACUGCUUGCUUUCCAUCUAGCAUCAACAAACGGAUACAAAAACAAGUAUUUCUCACAAAGUCUGGAAUCUGAACCGUCUCUUUCCAUCCUGUACGCAAGAGACAAGACGAGCGACAAAGUAACCAAUGAAUGUUUAAUGGAAAUGUAUCCACGUAAUUUGUAUAAAUACCCAUUGCGCAUAGAUAGGAAUGACGUGCCUUGCAUUAUACACUGUGUGCUAAAGAAGUUCGGUAUUAUGUCCAAUGAUGGGCACAUUAGCAUAAACAAUUACUACAGGAGGGUACAGGCCAUACACAGAUACGACCCACGGAUUUUGAUUUCCGAUGUCGGAGAAACGUGCGCACAAAACAUCAAUGCCAUGAACUUAGAUCACGAUGUGUGUAAAAAGGCUAAAGUUUUCAACGACUGCACUCAAUUAUACGCAAUAACAUUUAAAGAACCGGAAAUGUCAGAAAGCUGGCCUAAUAAGUAAAAGUAAUUUUGUUUGUUACUUAUUAUAUUGAAAUUGGUGAUUUUUUUACUUUCGUAAAUUAAAAUCUAUUUCG